AUGCUCCGUUUUGCGGCUGGCCGUGUGCUGGGCGGACUUCGCAGCGCCGCUGGGCUGAAGAGCAGCCAACCGAUGGUGGGUGCGAUGGUGGUGCGCCACUCGCACAGCAACGAGACGGACGAGGAGUUCGACAAACGCUACGAGGCGUACUUCAGCCGGCCGGAGAUCGAUGGCUGGGAAGCCCGCAAGGCGAUGAACGAUCUGCUCGGCAUGGAUCUGGUGCCGGAGCCGAAAAUCAUCGUGUCCGCGCUGAAGGCUUGCCGCCGCCUGAACGACUACGCGCUGGCCGUCCGCUUCCUGGAGGGCGUGAAGGACAAGUGCGGUGACAAGACGAACGAAAUCUACCCGUAUCUGCUGCAGGAAAUUCGCCCGACGCUGACCGAGCUCGGCAUCGACACGCCGGAAGAGCUGGGCUACGAUCAGCCCGAACUGGCACUGAAAUCGGUGUACGAUAUGCACUAA